GUUACUGUGAAGAUCACAUACAAUAGACGUCACUACGUUUGUCAGUAAAGGGGACAACAUUAUAAGAAUAUCUAAUAAAUUCAUUUGUGCUGAACAAGACAAUGUCUGACAAGAACCAAACCUCAGACCUUCCUGAUGCACACAGAGAUGAAGAUAACGCUGAUAUAGUGAAAGUUGAGAUAACAGAAGAUCUGUGUGUGAGGCAUCAGCUGGAAGCACCAGAUGAGGAAACCAGUGACAGCAUCAGCUCAGGCCGUAUGGAUGUGACGCCUUCAGAUGGCUCAGUAGUUGAGUACAGAGGAGAACCGUAUGUGUGUGAUCACGUGAAGACUGAGGAGGAUGAAGUUCCUAUCAAUACGGCUACAGGUGAUGUUAAGACUAAAGUCACACUUAAUGCUGAACAAACAAAUGAUCUGUAUGUAAAAAGUCAGCAGGAAGCUGUGAAGCAGGAAAUCAGUGACAAUAUCAGUACAGGUGAAAAUUAUGCUAAGAUUUCAUGUAACAUGGAACAAACAGAAGAUCAGUGGCUAAGAAAUAUGCCAGAACCAUCAGAGCAGGAAAUAUGUGACAAUAUAGGUAUAGGUAAAUUCACAAACUGCAGUAAUCCUAGUCAUGAUCAGAGUGCAGAUUGUGGGAAAUAUUUUCUUAAGAAAUCACAUCUUUUCAAACAUCUACAAAUGUAUACAGGAGGAAAAGGAUUUUCAUGUUCUGGCUGUGGGAAAUGUUUUAAUAAGAAAUCAAAUCUUAUUACCCAUCAGAAAAUUCAUACAGGGGAGAAAGCAUUUUCAUGUGCUGACUGCGGAAAAUGUUUUACUGUGAAAUCAACGCUUCUUGCGCAUCAGAAAACUCAUACAGGAGAGAAAAGUUUUUCAUGUUCUGACUGUGGGAAAUGUUUUACUCAGAUAGCAAAUCUUAUUAGGCAUCAGACAAUUCAUACAGGAGAGAAAGCAUUUUCAUGUUCUGACUGUGGAAAAUGUUUUACUCUGAAACAAACUCUUAGUAGGCAUCAGAAAAUUCAUACAGGGGAGAAAGGAUUUUCAUGCUCUGACUGUGGGAAAUGCUUUACUCAGAAAUCAAAUCUUAUUAUGCAUCAGAAAAUUCAUACAGAAGAGAAAGCAUUUUCAUGUUCUGACUGUGGAAAAUGUUUUACUCUGAAAUCAACUCUUCUUAAGCAUCAGAAAACUCAUACAGGAGAGAAAAGAUUUUCAUGCUCUGACUGUGGGAAAUGUUUUACUCAGAAAUCAAAUCUUAUUAUGCAUCAGAAAACUCAUACAGGGGAGAAAGAAUUUUCAUGUUCUAAUUGUGGGAAAUGUUUUAAUCGGAAAUCAACUCUUAUUGCACAUCAGACAAUUCAUACAGGGGGCAAAGGAUUUUAAUGUUCUGACUGUGGAAAAUAUUUUACUUGGAAAGUAACUCUCUUUUUAGGUAUCAGAAAACUCAUAUUAAAAGAAAUCGGAGCUUAACCUCCUAAGUGCAGAGGGUGGCAUGUAGUUGUCAAUAACACAAUACCAAGUGCUGAUGAUGACUGCAUGUGACCCCCUGGGGCGUGCGGUUUUGGAGCUGUUUGAGGCCCCUUCUGCACCUCAAGCGUGUAUGAGGUGACCCCAGGGUGGAUUUGAUUUAAAUCAAAUUGAUUUAACUAAUAAUUUAAAUCACUAGUCAGUAAGACUGAUUUAAAUAAUGGUUUUAAUUUUUAGACUAGUACGU